UUUUGUGCUUGAGCACUGGAGAGAAAGGAUUUGGUUAUAAGGGCUCCUGCUUUCACAGAAUUAUUCCAGAGUUUAUGUGUCAGCGUGGGGACUUCACACGCCAUAAUGGCACUGGUGGCAAGUCCAUCUAUGGGGAGAAAUUUGAUGAUAAGAACUUCAUUCUAAAGCAUACAGGUCCUGGCAUCUUGUCCAUGGUAAAUGCUGGACCCAACACAAAUGGUUCCCAGUUUUUCAUCCACACUGCCAAGACUGAGUGGUUGGAUGGCAAGCAUGUGGUCUUUGGCAAGGUGAAAGAAGGCAUGAAUAUUGUGGAGGCCAUGGAGCGCUUUGGAUCCAGGAAUGGCAAGACCAGCAAGAAGAUCACCAUUGCUGACUGUGUACAACUCUAAUAAGUAUGACUUGUGUUUUAUCUUAGCCACUGGGCCAUUCCUUCUGUAGCUCAGGAGAGCACCCUCCACCCCAUUUGCUCGCACUAUCCUAGAAUCUGUGCUCUCGCUGCAGUUCCCUUUGGGUUUCCAUGUUUUUCCUGUUC